CUCACAAAAUUGAAAUCAAACACUGAAGAGCCAAACAGUGUUGUCCUUUCCCAAACUCCAAAGGAUCACUUCACCACAAUCCCUCACUAACACAGCCCCUAUUAGCCUGCCCAUUCUUCUUCCUAGAAAAAAAAACCCCCUCUAUUUAUAUAAACCCUUGUCCCCCUUUUUCCUUUCAGAGUUUUUCUCCAUACCCACAAACACAGGAGAGAAUCAUUUGAUCCCAUCAUGGCUCAUUCAGCUCUCUCUCAGGUGUCAGUUACUGUUCCUCUGCAAACGGAUUCAUCUUUUAGAAGAUCUACUUUUAAGGCUACAAGCGUAACAUUUAGUGAUAGAUCAUCAUGGAUCUCUAUACCGCCUAUCGAUCUAAAAGCACCACGAUCGAGAAACCAACACAUUGUUUGCAUGUCGGUGCAACAAGCUAGCAAAGCCAAAGUUUCAGUUUCACCUUUAUCACUUGAAGAUGCAAAAGAACCACCAUUGAAUAUUUACAAGCCCAGGGAACCAUACACAGCGACAAUUGUCUCAGUUGAGAGGCUUGUAGGCCCAAAAGCUCCUGGGGAGACUUGUCAUAUUGUCAUUGAUCAUGAUGGCAACCUUCCUUACUGGGAAGGACAAAGUUAUGGUGUCAUUCCUCCUGGUGAAAAUCCUAAGAAACCAGGCAGUCCCCACAAUGUUCGUCUAUAUUCAAUUGCAUCCACCAGAUAUGGGGACUCUUUUGAUGGGAAGACGGCCAGCUUGUGUGUCAGACGAGCUGUCUACUAUGAUCCUGAGACAGGAAAAGAAGACCCUUCCAAAAAUGGUGUUUGCAGCAACUUUCUGUGUGACUCAAAGCCUGGUGACAAAGUGAAGAUCACAGGUCCUUCUGGUAAGAUAAUGCUUCUACCAGAAGAUAAUCCAAAUGCCACGCACAUCAUGAUUGGAACUGGAACUGGUGUGGCUCCCUUCCGAGGCUACCUUCGUCGUAUGUUCAUGGAAUCGGUUCCAACUAAGUUUAAUGGCCUUGCUUGGCUUUUCCUUGGGGUUGCAAACACUGACAGCCUUCUAUAUGACGAUGAGUUCACCAAGUAUCUCAAUGACUACCCAGGCAAUUUCAGAUAUGACCGUGCUCUUAGCCGUGAACAAAAGAACAAUAAAGGGGGGAAGAUGUAUGUCCAGGAUAAAAUUGAGGAAUACAGUGAUGAGAUCUUCAAACUGCUGGAUGAAGGGGCCCACAUCUAUUUCUGUGGGUUGAAGGGGAUGAUGCCCGGAAUCCAAGAUACCCUGAAGAGGGUUGCUGAGGUGAGAGGUGAGAGCUGGGAGCAGAAGCUUUCACAACUCAAAAAGAACAAGCAAUGGCAUGUUGAAGUCUACUGAUCAAGAAACGUUAAUCAUUGCAUUUGUUUAUGAUUAUUGAUUGUUCUCAAGUGAACAUAGCAAGCGGUUGAGAUGACACAUUGUACUGCUAGUAGACAUAAAAAAUAUUCAGUGCUGCAAGGGAAAUGAAAUAAUAACUGUUGGUACCUUCAGGCAGUUGAUAGUUUACACUUCUGUAUUUCUUUUGCAAAUGUCUCUGAUAGGCAUUUCACAGCUGCUCUAUUGCACUUAAAAUUGCUAUGAGUGCUUAUUGUUGCCUGUUUCUGCAAAUGCUUUAGUUGUUAAUAUAUUGUAGCUGAAAUGAAAGCCAGGAGAGGGACUAAGCUGCACCACAUGUUUCAGCUUAUUUUAUCCUCAUGAUGGAAAAAGUUCUUGA